GUGUCAUCCGCGUCCGUUUUUUCUGCGGAUUGGUUGCCUGGAAACCUGUCUCCAAGUCAUUUUGGCAAUAAAAAAUAAAAAAAGGAGACAGGAAGUUGAAAGUAGACGAUUGGCGAGCCUUGUUUGUGAGGAGAUUUACCUCAGACAAUAAUUGUCAGCAGGCAGUUUGGGGCAAGUUCACUGUCCAAUUGUCAGAAUGCCAAAAUGGAAUGUGGACAAGCUGAUCACAUUAGUUCAAGAAAGGCCCGAGCUAUGGGACACUCGCUCCUCCGCGUAUCAGGACCGUGUGCGGAAGGAGAUAUCGUGGGAGAAAGUGGCCCGUCGCCUCAAGCCACGCGAGUGGGAUAAAGAGGAUAACCGAGGUCGUGCACAACUAGGUACGUGCAAGCAAUGUCGCUUUGAGGUUUGGUAUUUGUGUUGUCCCUUAAGAAAAAGUAAAUUACUUCAGUGACUUCCCAAUCAUGUCCCUUUGGAGGCCUGGCUUAAUUGUGUAUUGCAGGGAUGCUCAACAUGUGGCCCUCCAGCUGUUGUUAAACAACACCUCCCACUAGGCCCUGCUGUACCUGAAGGCCUGCUGGGAGUUGUCAUUUUGCAACAGCGGAAGGGACGCACGUUGAGCAUCCCUGCUCGGGUGGUAUGUACAUGUAGGGGCCCAGCUGUAGGCGAAGCAGGUGAAGCAGCUACAUUGUGUCCAUGAGCUUGAAAUGCCCUAUCCGGGAGGAGGAGGUAGAGGAUUAAAAUACUUUGUCAUGGACCCCUCCACAGUGUCUGCACAGUUAGAUAUACAGGAACAGUAUAGGUAAUCUAAAAAAGGUAGAAACUGCGCCCUGAGAAAAGAGUGUUCAUUACUAGCCACUGGACUUGAGGCGGCUUGUAAGAAAGGUGUUGCAAACAAAUUACUGUGGUAGGGGGGCCAUCUUUAACAUUUGUGAUUGUGGCCAGUCAUUUCUCAGUACGCCACUGUGUCUGUUUGUACUACUUUUCUAGUAUUAUUUUACACCCCCCCUUCCUGUUUUAAUGUAUGUUCCCACCUUACCUUCUGGCCACCGUUGUAAUGUAUACUGUGGCUUUUUUGGGCACGUUUGAACACAUGUGCCAUGUUGAACAGUAUCUUUAAUCUUCUCUCUAUUGGCAGUUACAUGAAAUAGUCUUUAGAAAAGCCAAUCUACCCAUAUUUUCACUAUUCAUGAAAUUGUCUACCAUUCUCUUUCACCCACAAGUGGUGUUCUGCAGGUUUUUUUUUUUUUAUUCAUUCAAAAAAUUCAACAAGCUUUGCUUUUUUUAAUUUCAAAAUUGAGGAAUUCACAUUUUAAUCAACCUUGGAUGUUUGUUUUGACAGUGAAAAAUGUCAAGGUCCGCUGGAACAGCUGCAGGGACCAGUUCCGGAGGGAGCUCAAUGAAAAGGGCCGCAGUGGAGAGGGGACAUCCAAAAAAAGGCCCUACAUUUAUACCCAGCAACUUAGCUUCCUUCGUCCGGUGAUGGAGUUGAGGCCAACUGUGGACAAUCUGGAGGAGAGUGAAGAUUCCGAUGUGAGCGGGGAAGAAACCCCUGCGGUUUUUUCGCCGGAAUCCAGCCCCCAACAUUCACCAGCGGUGGAAACCACAGAACCACCCAUGGCAACCAGUGGUGGGGAACCAGAAAGGCCACAACCUAGACAACAGCCCAGGAGGAGGAGGAAUGCCCGUCAGUCUUCCUCUGAGCUAGCAACUCGGGAAAUGAUAGAUGCCCGAGUAAUCCAGUUCCUAGCUCAGAGGAGGACUGAUGGGCAUGAAGAAAUCAUGCUUAGGGGGCUUGCGCCAAUGCUAAAGCUGGUUCCACAAGCUAGCCAGCAACAAUGUGUUGCCUCCCUUGCGUUGCUCCUAAAAAUGUUCUCCCUGCCAUACCAGGGAGACAUUUUAUUUGAUAUCAACCAUUUACUGCAAAAAUAUAUGGUGGCUUCCAAUGAGCAGCCACCAUCAUUUCAGCAGGCACAACAUACUUGCCAUGGUCAUCAUUCUGUGGGUCCGACUUUCCAGGGCUCCCAAGAACAGAACCCUCCCCUUGCCCAGUCCUUAAAUGUGGGCAUAUUUGCAGCUGCUACCCCUCAACCAGCCCAGGUACGGCCGGCGUCAUCGUACGCCCCUGGCUCUUUUACUAGAGACUUAUUUGAGUUGUAAUUUAUUUUGUAUUUGGUUUGUGUGCAGCAUUGGUUUGCAUUAGAAAGUCAAAAAAUUACUAAGUUCAAAACACAACAAAAGUUUUAUUGUUUUUCAGUAAAAGUUUUUUACAAACAA